GGUGCUGCUGGCGCGGUCGGCUCUGGACUGGAUGCCGAGCCGCGUCAACUCGCUGUACUCCGACGUCGGUGCCUGGAGCGGCAAGUUCAGGCCAGUGAUGGACGAAAUUGAAUCAGACGAAGCUCUCAGGUUUUACCAAUUUCUGAACUAUCUGGAUGGUAGUAGUUUCGGCACAGGUCCCAUAGACGAGUUCGUGGUGGCGAUGUCCCGGCUGUCGUCCUACAUGAGGAACCAGAACUCGCGCGAGACGCAGGCGCGCGAGAUGCGCGAGCUCGACGCCAUUAAUGGGGAAAAGGGCAACAGCAUCAAGACGGUCUUGGAGGUGAGCACGGUCAUCAUGAGGAAGCGCAGGAAGUUCUUCUGCACCGGAGAGGUCAAGGAGCCCAUCAUCAACAACAAGAUCAUAUGCAAGGACCGCAUCCUGCUGCCGAUAGCGGGGUCUUCGUGCCGCGACGCCAUCCUGUACUGGCACCCGGGGCUCAUGGAGGAACACUACUGCGUGGGCGCGCUGGAGUCGCGCGGCGCCGUGCGCGUCAUGGACAUCGACGGUGAGAUGUUCUGCAAGGGCGACGACUACUCGAAGCGGGAGUACCUGCUAGCCUGUGACUUCUACGAGGACCAGGAGGCGCCGGUGGCGGACCUGCUGCAGUACUACCCGGACCCUGAACCUGACGUCAUGCCUAAACUUUACUGA